GCUCCUCUGUUCCUAAUUGGUUCUAGUUUCUCCGCCCGCCAGACGUCUUCUCCACUCAGCACAAGUUUUACAAAGGCGUAUAUAGGAGGAACCGGGACACUAAAUGAACACAGCCCUGAUUGGGCACCUUUGGACCUUAUUUGCAUGGGCAAGCUGGAUUGGCUGACUUCUUGGGUGGCCAGGGCGGUGUUGGUUCCGCGCGUGACCACCCACAGCUAUGGCCGUGGCGCCCAAUUUCCGGAUGCCUACGGGAAGGAGCUCUUUGACAAGGCCAACAAGCACCACUUUUUGCACAGCCUGGCCCUGCUAGGGGUGCCCUAUUGCAGAAAACCCCUCUGGGCAGGAUUACUGCUAGCUUCUGGAACUACCUUAUUCUGUACCAGCUUUUACUACCAGGCUCUGAGUGGAGACACUAGCAUCCAGACCGCGGGUCCUGUCGGAGGGAGCUUGAUGAUCUUGGGCUGGCUUGCCUUGGCUUUGUGAGGUCUCCUGUUUAGUUGUCCUGUCCUGGACUUUCUGUGUAACUGGGGAGGAGGGGUAAAGCAGAAAAGAAAUUAAAAGAAAAUGGCAAUAAAAAAAUUAAGAACUUU